UGCACUCUGGGCAACCGGCCGCGAGCGGGAUCCGUCCUUCGGCGAAGUGUCGCGUCCUCAGAUCCCCCUCCCUAUCAUUCAUUCCCAGGAAGCCAGGACUGUCACUCCGGUCAGCACGCUGCUCAGAGAAACCCCAGCAAGCCCCGCCGUGGUCGAGAGCACUUGGUGUUUAGUUUGCGAUUGCUGGGCGGCGUGCAGAGGCGGACGGAGGGUUAGGACUGUUGCCCCCUGAACAGUGGGAAGUGGCCGUGCUGAGUUUACCACCGCAAGAGGAGGCUGCACCUGCCCGGAGGAUGCUCAGGACCCUGUGGGAGCCUCUCCGGAUCAGAACUUUUUAGGCUGCCCGCCUCUACUCCCGCAGUCCCCCGGCCGCGUACCCGCAGGUGGGGGCCGAGGGGGGUGCCGCGGCGCAGAUCCCCUCCCGUCCCCACCCCUAGCUCGGCCGCCCGCCGCUUUGUUCUGGGCGCGCGGAGGGAAGGCGAGGCUGCGGCGGAUCAUGCCCAUGGUGUAGCCGCCAAGCGGAGGCAUGGCUGCCGGAAGGUUACUGCUCUAUACCGGGCUUUCGCUAGCGCUCUGCGCCCUCGGCAUGUUGGCUGUGGCCAUCUGCUCCGACCACUGGUACGAGACGGACGCCAGGAAGCACAGGGACAGGUGCAAGGCCUUCAACACCCGCCGGGUCGACCCCGGCUUCAUUUACAACAACAACAACAACUUGCCUCUGCGCGCCAGCCGCUCGCGCCUGGACCGCUGGGAGGGCAAACUCCUCCGGGCCCGGAAUCGCCGGCAGCUGUUUGCUAUGAGCCCCGCGGACGAGUGCAGCCGCCAAUACAACUCCACCAACAUGGGCCUCUGGAGGAAGUGCCACCGGCAGGGCUUCGACCCGGAGAUCGCCGCCCUCAUACGGAAAGGAGAAAUUGAGAGAUGCACGUACAUCAAGUACCACUACUCCUCAGCAACCAUCCCCAGGAACCUCACAUUCAACAUCACGAAGACCAUUCGCCAGGAUGAGUGGCAUGCCCUGCAUCUGCGUAGAAUGACAGCUGGCUUCAUGGGCAUGGCAGUGGCCAUCAUCCUCUUCGGCUGGAUCAUUGGUGUCCUGGGCUGCUGCUGGGAUCGAGGCCUUAUGCAGUAUGUGGCAGGGCUUCUCUUCCUCAUGGGAGGAACCUUCUGCAUCAUUUCACUGUGCACCUGUGUGGCUGGGAUCAACUUUGAGCUAUCACGUUACCCACGCUACCUGUAUGGACUCCCAGAUGACAUCAGCCAUGGCUAUGGAUGGUCCAUGUUCUGUGCAUGGGGGGGCCUGGGCCUCACACUAAUCUCGGGAUUCUUCUGUACCUUGGCCCCUUCUGUCCAACCUGUCCCGAGGACCAACUGCCCUAAAUCCAGACCAGAGAAUGGGACAGUGUGCUAAAAAAAAUACAAACCCAUACCUAUAUAUAUAUAAAUAUAUAUAUAAUAUACAUAUAUAAAAUGAAACUCAAUCAAGAUGAUGCCAGUGCCAAGGUAGAGUUGAGUUGGCUCAGGCACCUGCAUCUCACCAGACUUUGUAUUGCCUCAUGUCCAAGAUGGGAAAAGUGUCCCCAUCCUAUGGCUCUCUCAUCCAUUUUUUGACUUUGGCGUCAUGAUUUCCUCAAGACAGAGUGAAAGCCACCACAGGCAUCUUGAUCCUUGUCACUUGUAAGGAUGUGGUGGUGACCUGGAAGGGACAGAGGCAGUGGUCUGAAGUGACACAGAUUCAGAGAAGGAAGUGCCACACUCUGGGCCAACAGGAGAGGACACCACCACCACCCCAGCCAUCAUAUCAUGGGGGAAACUCAGUCCCUUGAGUUCAUAGAAUGUAACCACAUCUUUGAGGCCAUUUUCAGAACCACUUCUCUGCUCUUCAUGUUCUGAGCGCCUUCCCAACCCACCAGCGACACAGCACAAGUGGAAGAGAAAACAGACCAAGAAGGAAGUUUUCUCUUUGCGGCCAAACCUUUGGACGAUGCUUUAGAGGUGGGAAGGGGAGAGAAGAUGCUGAGAGGCAAGAUCCACAUCAACUAAAGGACAUUCCAGUGGAUGCUCAGAAAACCCAGUCUUACCUUCCAGCUGCCUUACACCCAGUUAAACAAGAGGCCACCCUGUCCUCCCCUGCCUGUGCUCUCUGGGCAGAUUGGAGCCUUUGAGUAAUGCUGUGAUGUGUGUGUGUAUGUACGUGUGUGGGGGUGGGUGGGGUGCACACACACAUGUGUGCACGUGUGUAUAGUGUUGGGUGGUUACCUUUUUCUUUUCCACUCUGUGAAUGGAACUAUCAUAUUACUCUGUUGUCUCUCUCACUACUGUUGUUUUUGACCCAUAUGGAGGCCCGAAGAACUGGGAAUUAUCUUGAGGGGCAGGCCUUCAGGGGUGCCAAUGCAGCACUGCAGAUCCCUGGAGAGAGACAAAAGUGAGUGUGCGUGUGUGUUUGUGUGUGUGUGUGUGUGUUUGGUGUGUGUGUGUGUCCACACAUGUGUGCAUGCACACGUGGUGGAUAUUUCAUGAGUGUGGGACUUUAUUAUUUGUGUUGCAUUUUUUUUUUCAAUUAUUUUUGGUACAGCUGAAAUUCCCAGAGGGCAAACCAAGAACAAAGCUACUGGGCCAGAGAACCCUGUGGUACCUCACAGUAUGGUUCUGGAACUCUGCAAGAUUUAGUCCACUAAUUUUGGAAGUUCAAGACACAACUGGGCACAAAAGUCAUAAGAGAAGAGGGGGAGACAUACAGUUCAGGAGAGAAAAGGAAUGUUGCUUCUGGUUGCUGAUGUGCGAGUACGUAUACCAAACAAGACCUUCACUCCCCACUGUGGGGGCUGUCCUUUGUCACUGGACGUCUGCUCCUUUUCUAGGGGCGAGCCCUGUACAGAGGAAAGGAAAUGAGUCACAUGCAGAGAGAGCACCUCCAUGUCCCAUGGGCUCAAGUUUGUAUGAUACUAUGUAAAUUAACGGAGAACUCUUGACUCUUUCCAUUCUCGUCCCUUUCCUCUUGAUCUUCAAGGCCAUGAAUCCCAAAAUAGCUAUCUAUCUUAGAGGCUAGCACCCACUCUGAGGUGCCAUCCAAACUGACAAGGCCGUCCAGGUAUCUCAGGCUCACCUGGGUGCUGGCGAGUGAAGAAGUCAGCCAGAGCUGUGAAUGCCACAGGGCAGGAACAGCUCAUGGUUACCUUGGGAACCCUGCUGGUGCCAAGUGUCCCUGGGGAGGCAAGGAGAGAAUCCUGAGCUGGCACAGCCAUGGUCAGCCAUGCAGAAGGGGAGCUCAGCAGCUGCAGAACAGAUCUGCUUUGGAGACUCUGCCAACCACUCAGCAGCCUUUCUCCCCCACGUGCUCUGUCUGUCGCAGCUCCCUGCUUCCCAUCUCUUCUCCUACCAGACUCUGCACCUACUAACAGCUUCCCUCCCCUCCCUCCAUCUACCAGGCUGUAGGUCCUGUUCUUCUCAUCUGCUCUUUUGAUAUCCCCCCUCUGUGAGUGUGUGUGUGUGUGUGUGUGUGUGUGUGUGUGUGUGUGUGUAACUCCCAUCAGGUGAAAUAUCUGAUAGAUUUCAAUGUGGGUCUCAGUGUGUGUCGCUCUGGUGCACUCUGUGAUGUGUGUGUGUGUGUGUGUGUGUGUGUGUGUGUGUGUGUGGUGUCAUUGUAUAUACAGGUGUGGUUGCAUUUCUCAAGACCCCCUCCUAAGGGCCCUGGUCAGAUUCUACAGCAGACCUUGUAUGUGAGCACCCGGAGUGCAGGCAUACCAGGUGAACAGGGGCAAGCUGGUAUCAGGAAAUGCUGCUGGCGUCCAAUUGAGAGUUUUUAAAUUAAUUUAUUUAUUUACAUUGAAUGCUAUUCCCCAUUCUGGUUCCCCCUCACAGAGACCUCCCCCACUGAGAUUUCUAAGGAUCAUUUUAGAGACAAAGGGCAUAUUCUAUGAUAAGGGAAGUCAUU